GGGAAUUUCGGCAAUUCUAGGUCAGUUAGGGUUAUGUAAAAUGGUGCAAUCUAACCAUAGUAUCUUACCUAUUAUUUCUGGUUGUGAUGAGUCUUCUACAGAGCAAAAAGUGAAAAAAGAUCAUUUCCUUUCAUUACGUAAUAUCUUUCACAUUUGUUUUAUAUCGGUGAUUGUUCUGAAGUUAUAUGGAGAAUAUUUCACUAAUAUUGUUCUGGCGUCAUGGGGAUACAUUACGGUCCUCUACAUGAAUUCAGAGAUACAGACAGGUAAUUUCAAUACUUCCCAGUUAGCAUUAAACGGGACCCUAGAGGCAGUCUAUAGCUCCUGGCAGUUUAGGGAACGUAUAAUUUUCUUCGAAGUAGCCUGAAGUGCUUCGGGUGCUUCGAGGGUUCCCUGAUCUUAUGCUAACUGGGCUAGAGCUUUGCUUAUCUAAUACCGUUGUAGGUUUUUUCGAUCUUUCAUACCGGAAGAUUUGCAUUCCCUUAUCCGUCGUUUCGCUCUCACAUCUAUGUAUAGUUCAAUACUCUCUAUGGAACCAGGGUUUUUAUAAUGUUUUCCUAUUGCAGCCUUCUAGUUCUGUAUCAAGUCUACCACUGAAUUUGUGGUAUAUUUUCAUCUCCGACUGCUCCUUAAAACUGUUAUCGAUAUUUAUUAAAUGCGUAUCUUUGUUGUGCCUGUCUAAAACACUUGAUUUCUACUCCAUGGGUUCAUUACUCUGUUUUUUGGAAUAUAUAUUCUUAUUCCUAAGACACAUACCACCUGGGAUUCUGUGGAUAUAUUUCCUGGUAGAAUUAAAUUGGAAACCACAGGGCAUCUUAGCUGGAAGAAUAUUUGUAUGUUUAUUAUACUGUAUUUUAAAAGUUUGUAUUAUACUUUCAUUGUGUAAAGAGUUUAUGAAAUUUUCACGUUCGAUGAUGUGUACAAAACCAUAUACAGUUGAAAUGCAGGUGCCGUCGAUUGAAGUUUGUAAUAUGUGCCUUGAAUCUUAUACUCAUGUCGGCAUUUUGUCUUGUAAUCAUAAAUUUUGUGCUAAAUGCACAACACGUUGGUUUAAUACAUUCACUAAAUGCCCGUCAUGUAAUCCAGAAUGUGGUGAAAAUUCAAGAUGGCGGAGUGGAUCGAUGGAUUUAUUCAUUCAAUUUUAUUAAAAUUAUCCUUUUGUGUAUUAGUUUACUAAUUUUCCUUGUCAGCUAUUCUUGUUAAAUGAUUAAGAAUAAUGUUCCAAAGACCUGUUUGUAUUUUUAUUCCUGUGUACUUAUUUAUUUGGAGUAGAAGAAUAAUUAAUUGUAAUUGGCUGUGAAAAAAGUUGUAUAUGUCUUGUCUAUUUUAUAAAAUAGUUGUACAUGAUAACUUGUAAAUUAAAUUUUUUUGGGAGAAAAAAAUUAACCGAACAUUUUGUGUCCUGUUCAUUUAUUAAUUGUCGACAGUACUAUCUAUUGUUAUUUCUCGAUGUUUGUUUACAAAUCUCCUUUUAAAGUUGUUUUGUAACUUUUUUUAUUAAUAAAUAAUUAGACCUUA